AUGUCUUUCUUCCUAUUGCAGAUUUGGGAUUUGCAUCUAAAUGACCCAGAGUGUCGUGGUGUUGAGACUGAGAAUGAUUAUGUCUUUACGAUCAAGACUAAUCUUACAGAUUGUGGCACCAUCAUGGCAUCUGAUGAGUCAUACAUCAUGUUCACAAACACCAUUCACAAUAAUGAAACAGAUGUCAUCACUAGAAGUUAUGUCAACAUUACAUUCGGAUGUCGCUACCCUGCAAACUACAUGGUCCAGCAGCCUAAUGGAGAAAAUAUGAUCCGAGUGGAUGUUAGGACGAUUACUUUGGACACAGAAGAUGGAAAUUUCUCAGUGUCCAUGCUGCUUUAUAAAGAUGAGGAAUUUGAGGACAAAUGGACCACUGUUCCCUCUCUAAUGCUUGAUGACAACAUUUAUGUGAAAGUUUUCAUGAUACCAGCUAAUCUUGUGCUCCGAGUGGACAGAUGCUGGGCCACACCGAACCAGGAUCCAUACAGCAACAUUCAGUACACUUUCAUCAAGGAAAGCUGUCCAGUGCUGAUGAAUGACCAGACACUAGCUGUGAUGAAGAACGGACAAGGCCCAGAGGCUCUGUUUAGGAUCCAAAUGUUUAAGUUUGUGGGCAGCUCCUACACAGACAUCUUCCUUCACUGUAACGUCCAGAUCUGCCACAGCAGUGCAGGAUCAUGCCGGCCUAACUGUUCCACCGAGGAUGCUUCAGCUCGCAUACGCAGAGAUGUUGCUCUAUCCCACACUGUUUCCUAUGGACCAAUAAAAAGACGUGAGGUUCCCACUGACAAAACCAUUCUGAAUACAGGUACACCCUCACUGGAAACAUUUGUGCUUGGAGGUUUGUUGGUGGUUCUACUGCUCAUCACUGGUGUGUUUGGAAGGCUGUGGCACAAAAGCAAACGGUCUUAUCCUACCCAAGAAGCCCAACUCACCUUGUCCAACAUUCACCACAUCUCAGAGGUGGCUAGCUAAGCCGGGGUUCACAAGAAAAUACCUCUUUUACCCAUACAGACACAAAAUUAAGUAUGUAUUCUGUACAUAUAGAAUUAGUACUAUAGUACUUUGCUUUAAUUAAAAUAGGGUUAGUAUAUACAUAUAGUUUUUUUCUGAAAAAUUUGUUAG